AUGACAUUUUGCUCUUGUUGUGGCAAGCAACACAAAUCUAUUGCAGGCAAGGCUCCCGAACAAUUUCGUUUUUGCCAAGCUGAAAAGCAGAGAUCGGAUCAAUGGUGUAAUGAGUGCUACAAGAAGUAUAAGAACGAAGUUCCAGCAUCAACAACAGCCGCAUCUAACUCAUCACAAAUAACAAAUCUAUUCGACACACCAUCGGAAUCAUCACAACAUAUAAACCAUCACUCAAACUAUGAUACAAUCUUGUCACAAUUAAAUACGACUCAAAAUUAUGAAUCUAAUCAUGAAGCAAAUUCACAAAAUUCAUCAUCUCCGAUAACUAUGGACUUUCAACAUCAAAACAAUUCAUCACCGAAUAGUUUCUUUGAAAAUAUUACUCCUCAACAAUAUCAAUUCACCAAUAUUUCUGAAUAUCCUAAUAUUGACAAUAAUUUGAUACAAAAUUCUGUAAUUUAUUCUGUUCCUUCAUCAUGGAAUAAAAAUAGAAACCCGUAUUAUUUGUCGAAGACGACAUUUGAAUGCCCUGUAGUAAUAUAUGAUGCCCAAUAUACAGUGAUGGACAAGAUAGCUCUAUACAAUUUCCUAACUUCAAAAGGAUGCACUGUUUCGAAAGAUGUGCAUCAAUGGUUGAGAGAAAAAUUUGCAGAAGAAAUCAAUAAUCGAAUGCAAAUAGAAUAUAUCAAAGCUCAAAUUUCGAAAUAUUCUCACAAGAAUAAUUGUUCUACAAUUCAGGUGACUGAUCAAGAGAAAAGGACGCCAAGUAGUUCCAGAACAGAGGAUCCAUCAAGUGACACAUUACACAAAAAAUCUCGAAAACCCAGUAAGAAAAAGAAACCCAAAGGCAAAGAGAAAAAAUCAUCAAAAGGACUCAAUUGCAACAAAGCCUUUGGUUUGGUUUGUAGUCAUUGUGAGGGCGAAUUUUUGAAACAUAGGCCAUUUCGAAGGGCAGUUAAAAAUAUUAAGGAAAUGACAAGCCAAAACCAAAAACUCACUUCAGAAAGACUUGUUACUGGUAUUCAAGAGAUAUUGAAAAAUCCAGAUUCUCUUUACAAGAGAAUUGAUUAUCAUGUAUCAAAAGGCCACACCAAUUAUACAAGACUAGCUCAUCAUUUUCAAACACUAGUAUCACCUGAGUUGCAAGACAAUUUAUCACCUGAAUGUGCUGUAUAUUUUACAGAUACCAGAUUGAUGUCAGAUCAUCUUUUCUGUGAACACUAUCAAUACCAUGCGUUGAAUUUUAUUGUCUGCACUAAAGAAAAACUGGAACAACAACGCAAUGAGAUGAAUGAACUAGUUCAACAAAUAUUUCAUAUGUCUCAUGAUAGUAAUUCUCUUCAUGUAGACGUUUCGUGUUUAUUACACGAGGUAGUUGAUCUCAUAAUGAAGAUUGAAGGGAAAAUUCCUGAUAAAUUAGAAAUCAAAAGUUUUUGGGACGGACAUUCCAAAAACGAAGUCAUUCAUGCCUUUGUAAUUCUCAACAGUAUUCUUUCUACUCAGUGCAGAUAUAAUGCAUUUAUUACAGAUAUGUAUAAAGGACAAGAAAUACAUAAGAAUGUUUCGAAAUAUUUUGACAUAACUUUCUCAACAUUGAAUGAUUUAGUUGAAAAUGGAUUUAUUUACAACUUUGAGGAAAACGGCGUAAAGAAAAGUAUCACUUUACCUGUUACAGUAUACAUUUGUACUGAUAUGUCAGCAUUAUGGAAGCUCUGUGAUGAAACUUUUGUGUGCCCUUAUUGUGAUUGUACUCAUGAAAAUUGUAAUACAUUAUUUGAACACAAUCACUCUCUCGAUUUUAGUUGUAGAAAUAUUAUUCUAGAAAAAUAUCCAAAAUUGAUGGAACAUGUUGUAAUUGACGUCCUCCAUACAAAGCUUCGAAUAGUUGGAAAUUUGCUGGCCAAACUAAUGCUGAAACUUGUUCCAAAUGAAUUAGAAGCAAUCAAAGAUGUCAUUCCAAGGUUCCCAUCCUUCUCAAAUUUUGAAUUUAAAGAAAAAGCCUUUUACAAGAAACAGUUGGUCAUGGAGUCAAAUCAUGUCUUCGAACCACCAUACCUCAAUGACAAGCAAGCCGAUACCUUAUUACUCAAUUUUGAGAAAAUUUUUUUGGAGGCUUUAGUCAAAAGCAGCUUUGAUUCACAUGUUGCUAUCUGGUCAAUGUUUCGAUAUAUAAUUUACGGUUACAUGGAGGCUCCUACUCAGUUACUGGAAAAGCAAAAUAUUGAGCAAGAUUUAAUCCCAACUCUGAAAAAGUUAAAUGAGAUUCUUCGUUUGCAUUAUCCCAAUGAAAAGUUUGGAUAUUAUGUUCAUAUUAUUUUGAACCAUCUGCCUUAUUUAUUGAGGAAAUAUGGCAGUCUAACUCGUUUUAUGAAUCAAGGUUGUGAAAGCGUUCAUAGCUUAGGUCGAUUGAUUAAUGAAAGAAAAUCGAAUCACAAAGCAAAAGGCUCGCUUCCGGGUUUUCUGAAUGUGUAUUAUUGCCUUUGA